AUGGACACAACUACAUCGAGGAGGCCGUGGAAACUAAGAGCUAUGACAGGGACGAGAUACAGUGAAGUGUUUGCAGACGAAUUGGGUCGCUUUACUGGUGGUAGGGUGAGCAUACAUUUGCGCGAGGGGGCGCGGCCGGUGUUUAUGCGAGCGCGGCCGCUCGCAUACGCGCUGCGCGAGCCUGUGGAGCGCGCGCUGGAGCAGCUAGUGAGCGAUGGCGUGCUCACUCCUGUCGACCGCUCCGACUGGGCUACGCCCAUCGUGCCAGUGGUCAAGAAAGAUGGUAACAUCAGAAUAUGCGCUGAUUACAAAUUAACUUUAAAUAAAGUGUUGGAUGUCGAUCGUUACCCUUUGCCUAGAGUGGAGGAUUUACUCGUGCGGUUACAUGGUGGGGAAUAUUUUUCAAAAAUAGAUUUAUCUCAAGCCUAUGCGCAGUUUGUACUGGAUGAUACUUGUAAUUGCACAGUGAUAUAA